AUGGUUUUCAUCCACUUUCUUUUAGAUAUUAGACUGAUAAAUGGAUCUAAUCAGUGUUCUGGAAGAGUGGAGGUCUUAUAUAAUAAUCAAUGGGGAACCGUCUGUGAUGCUGGCUGGGAUUUAACAGAUGCUGCUGCUGUGUGUAAGAGCAUGGGUUGUGGGACUCCUGUAGCUGUAAAGACAGGAGCUUUCUUUGGGCAGGGUUCAGGACCCGUGUGGCUGGAUGAUGUGAGAUGUUCUGGGAAUGAGCCAUCAGUAAAAAAUUGUCCAUCAAAGACAUUAGGAACAAGCAGCUGUAGCCAUGGACAAGACGCUGGAGUCGUCUGCAACCCUCCUGUUAGGUUGGUGAAUGGCAGUAACUCAUGUUCUGGACGAGUGGAGGUUCUUAAUAAUGGUCAAUGGGGGACAGUGGCUUCAGAUUGGUGGGACUCUACUGAUGCUGCAGUGGUGUGUAGAGAGGUCGGAUGUCCAACCAGUGAAGUGAAAAGCUAUGCCUACUAUGGACCUGGUGUGGGACCAAUAUGGAUGAAUUUACUUGAAUGUACAGGAAAUGAAGUGUCACUAAAGGAGUGCAAAUAUCGUGGAUGGACAUCAUACUAUGAUCAUACACAUGAUGUUGGAAUUAUCUGUCGAGGUGGGAUAGAUAGCGGUUUUGUUUGUUUUUUUACUUUGCCAAUCUUUACCCUUCAAGUGGCCCUAGGAUGUUUAUGAUUGCAUACAAAAA